AUUCCUUUCCCAGGAUCAAAUCAAUGAGUUCAAGGAAUGUUUUUCCCUCUAUGAUAAGAAACACAAAGGCAAGAUCAAGGACAGCGACCUCAUCACAGUUAUGCGCUGCCUUGGGGCGAGCCCCACCCCAGGAGAGGUGGCCAAGCACCUUCAGGCACAUAAAGUGGGCAACAACGCAGAGCUGGAUUUUUCGACUUUCCUGUCCAUCAUGUACAGGCAGAUGCAGCAGGAAGACCCUGAGAAUGAAAUCCUGCUCGCCAUGCUGAUGACAGAUGAGCAGAAGACGGGAUUCAUCACUGUGGCGGAGCUGAAAGCCAAGCUGACCAGCCUUGGAGAAAAGCUGUCCGGGGAAGAAGUGAACAAUCUUCUGAAGGAGGCCAAAGUGGGACACAACGGGCUUGUCAAGUACGAAGACUUGGUCAAGUCCAUCACCCGUCCUGUUGCUGUCGACCACUGA